UUUUGUAUCAUUUAAUGCAGGCAUACACAAGAAAUCAUCAGUUCUCGGAAAUGGCCCAAUAAACAGCCUCCAUGGUCUCGUUUGAUGCCACAGUCGUGAUCAACUGAUAUUCACGAAAGGUUAGGGUCUGGGAGCUAAGAAGAUUCAUCGGAUGACCACAAGCGAUCGAUGCCGUUACCGCAGUUCUUCUGAUAGAGGAGGUCACGAUGGUAACCCGUGGGCUAGGAUCGUGCUCUUAAAAUUGAAGAUCGGAUUAAAACGUCCCAGUAUGCUCUGAAGUGGAUUAGUUUGAUGACUGGAAAUAAAUCCUUUUGAAUUCAACCAUCGAUCGUUCCCCAUUUUGAGGGACUCUUAAUGAAUGAGUGAGGAGGAUGGUGGAAUCCUGCUGCUUAUUAAAAGGUUAUAUAUCGACAAACGUGAACUUGCCUUACAACAGCUGUUUGUAUUUCUUUAAUAAUAGUGCUGAAAUUAUAUAAAUUGUGUGCUGAUCCAUUGGUGUUUAUGAUGCCUCUUCCAUUCUAUAACAUUGAAUUUGAGUAGAAGGGGUAGCAAAAUGAACCUUGUGGAACCUCAAGAGAGGCCAGAAGACCACGUCAUGAAACUAGGGGUUCCUACCAAAUUUCACCGGAAAGUCGGGAUGACCAAUCGGUUCGCUAUCGGUCUUGCAGUAGUAACACUCACGUGCUCACUUUCGUUCAUUGCACUGAGUCAUCCUGAAGCAGUUUCGACAAGACAACAGAAUCAGUCCGUUCGGGAGAUAAUUCCUGAUGAUUACGUCAGAACCUGUCACAGGCGCCAUGAGGAUGGGUCCCGUGCGUUGCUUCCAGAGAAGUACUUGACGAUGAACGACUGCAAGAAACGUCUACCGGAUGUCGUUGUCCUGGGCACCAAGAAGUGUGGCACCGGAGCUUUACGCGUCUUUCUAGAUACCCAUCCAAGUGUUGUCUUUUCUAAGAAAGCUGAGGCGAAAUUCUUCACGCAAAACUACAAGAAAGGACUUGAUUGGUACGUGCAGAUCAUGAGACCUACAGCAACUGGUCAAGUUGGCAUGGAAAAGUCUCCAGGGUAUUUCUUUUCAAGUGAAGCAGCCAGACGUAUUAAAUCAGACUUACCAGAAACCACCAAGUUCAUUGUAAUUCUCUGCAAUCCAGUAAGGAGAACAAUAUCUGAGUUCACUUUCGAGCAGCUCAACAAAAUUAAAGACAAAUUUCAGGUGGACACUGAGGAAGCCAAAGUGAUCGCCAAAAGGACUUUCAACUCUAGUAAAUUUGAGAAAUAUAUCACGACAUCUUCCGGUCGUAUAAGGACAAACGUAGAUAUCAUCACUCACAGUAUGUAUGAUAAAUAUAUUCUAUCGUGGCUCAAGCUCUUCUCACGCUCACGAUUCCUUUUCGUCGACGGCGACAACUUCACCCACAACCCCGUCACUGUUCUCAACGAAAUAGAGCAAUUUAUCGACGUUCCGCGUUACUUUAACAGCAGUAGAUUCUACUUCGAUAAAGAAAAGGGUUUCUUUUGUCUUUCAGAACCUUUCAAGCAGUGUCUACGGUCAACCAAGGGCUUGGAACACCCACCCGUUGAUAGGACAGUAUUGAGGAAACUCAGAGAACUCUUUAAAGCGCAUGACUUUGCUACGAGUAUUCUAACAUUGAAGAAUUUCACAUGGAUGAAGAAUGAUUACGGUACCAAGGUACAACCUUGAGGUCCCACUCCAGGAACAUACGUAUGCACUAAUUAAUAAUGUAUGAUUUUAUUGCAUGGUACAAAACUAAUGAUGAAAAAGAUUGCAAUACAAUUAUAUCGCGAAUACUUUGGUGAACUUACCCCAACGGCAAUCCCAAUAUUUAGUUGUGUGGACUUGUUGACGAGAAGUGCCAAGAUUACCAUUACUACAGAUAUCAUGAAUAUCACGGCAAUGCCCAAAUCCAAGAUUAUUGUCCCAAAUAAUAUGCCUUUGAUGCGCCAUGAGGCUGAUAUUUUAUUUGUCUUUGUGAUUACAAUAAUUACAUUCAGUAUUCUAAUGAAGCAUUGAAAAUAGUUUUGUUUCUUCAUUAUUUACCUUCCAAAUCACGUGGUCUUUGUCUGUUUCGUUGUAGGCCUAUUCCAAUCACGUUUUACUUGUUUUAGAUCACGUUAUCCUGAAAGAUGCACUGUAUGUUAACAAAUAUUUAUUUUUUGUCGAAAUGUGAUGAUCCUUAUUUUGCUGACAAGCUUGAUUUAUAUCUAUGUUGUAUAAAAGAGGCUUUUCCAAUGAUGGAUUUAUACCUUGCCUUGGACUCUUUGUAAUAAAGGUCUCGCUGUUGGGUCGUCUCUUUCAAAAGAAAGAAAAUAAUUGAUUAUAGUGAACAGAAUGUAUUAUCAUUGAGAGUAAAAUUGUACUGUACUAUAUUUAAAUUCCUUUUAUUCAUUGAACAGUUGAAAUUUUACUUUUGAAUUCGUUUAAAGAAAUGAAAAAAAAAUCGACUUUGCCACAUGCUGACGGAUGCUCUCUAUGAUUAUGUUUUGUGAAAACAUGGGAAGAUAAUGUCAUUCUCAAUCAUUAUUGCUGUAUGCAAUAAUCGAAUAGAAGUUUAUUAUAGAUAUGGGAGAGAUUCAAUUAUAAGUGAGAUUAUAGAAAUUCAUAGUUGUUUGGGUGAAUUUAUAAUGAAUAAAAUGUUCCGAUUGCAAUAAGUUGAACACAAAGUAACACUAACCACAAUACUACUACUACAUUUGACAUAGUUGUAUAUAGUCUCACGAUAUAUGUGAAGUAGGAUAUAAUUAUGCGCUUUGAAUUUAGCAUUGAAUCUGUUGAGUAUAAUUAUCUUUCUACGAAGGGAGGAACUAGGGGGGAAAACAAGUAGGAGAGCAAACAUGGUUUGAGGAGAAGGAUAUGCUGAAGAAGCAGAAGAAGAAAAAUAACAACACGAAAAGGAGAAAGAAGAAAAUAGACAACUAAGGGAGAGAAAUAGAGAGAGAGAGAGAGAGAGAGAGACCAAAUCAUUGCUCAUAAUUUUUUGUGAGAGGUAUUUGGAAAAAGAAUAUUAGUUCCUUUGUAUUUCGUGUUCAGGUGCUGGGGUCUUCUUGUUGUGUUGUUUAUAAACACUAUUUAUCGAUGGCCUUAAUAUCAUUUCGUUCAGUAUGGUUGGACUAUCAGUCCUAUAUGAGCACAAUAAUGGAAAUACUUUCAUAAAUCAUCUAUAAAAAAAUAUUGAAAUGCGAAUAACCCGCGCCUUUCAUAAAGGUUGCUCCAGCUUCGGCUUCCAAAUAGCUAGCGAUUGAAAUCUAAUUUUGAUUGCAUUAGGGUGCCUCGGGCGACAUUUAGAAGUAAUAUAGGGAAGAUCUUGCAUUAUUGAUUAAGUGGCAAAGGGACAGGGUAUAAUAUUUGUUUUCAUGUAAGCUGCAAUAAAGGAUGUCAAUGAUAUGGAAGAGGAGUGGUUAGUUUUUUCAAGGCAUAUGGUGUCUUUGUGGUUUGAAAUAGGUGGCAAAAUUAAAUGAGAAUCGUUGUCAUCUGUCAUGUUUUUUGAGCAAUAAUAAUAUUGCAGGUGCACCAACUUAGCAGUAUUUCUGUUCUUUAUUUUCAAGGGGGUGGACAGUGAAAAAUAGGCUGAUUAUCUGACUCUCUGCAACUAUCUGAUACCUGAACAAUAUUUCAUGAUAGUUAUUGCCUACCAAAACAGUCAAAUUGACCAUUCGAUAUGUUCGGCCAAACCGAAGGUGACGUCAUUCAAACCGAGUUUUGCCGAAGUGGGAUCGUUUGUUCGGUCUUUUCGUCAUUCUGGGAC